UAAAUCGUGAUUUCCAAACACUUCCCUUUCUCUUCACGGCGCACACAUGGUGGUGGGUAGCAUCACACCCUGAACUCCAUUACUCCGGUCGCCGUCGUCUCCCUCACUCAAUCCCUCAUCUCCGAUCACUUUACCGCCACAAUCACCAUCAAUUUCACUUACAUUUUAUGUAUGGACAUCGAAGCAGAAACCACUUGCAACGGAAUCAAGCGAAAGAAACCCUACGAGGAGCUAAAACCUACCGCUUCCGGCGAUGACGAUCGUACGGCGGAACAUGAGGCCACAUCAGAGAAGAAUUCCGAUAGUGACGGUGGUGGAGUAGACGCGCAGGAGAAUAAAACGGAGGAUUUGGAACUUAUGGAGAAAUCGGACCGUGAAAUUGCGGCGAGUAUUGACAGGAUCAAGAGAAAUUUGCAGACGAUAGGUGUUAGGUUGCCUGAUGGAGGUGAAAAGUACAAGGCGAAUUUAAGAAGACAUGAAUAUGAACUCGAACGGAGGAAGAAGCUUCAGUUAGAGAAGGCGGAGAAUGGAUGUGAUGACACAAUACAGCUUUCUGAUCAUAGUGAUGACGGUGCUUCACAUGGCAAAAAGAAAUCCGCAUCAAAGUUUGCCAAAAUUUUUGGCAAAAAGAUGGAGGAAGAGCAAGAAGAUUCUAGGACUGUCUGUGCAUUCGAAAAAGAUUUGACUUACAUCAAUCGUUGUGAUGGGCGCAAAUUAAAGAGACAACUUUCGGGUAAGGGUAGAUCCGGGAAGGUUUUAUCUUCUUCACGAUCCAUGAAGACUUCUUUAGUAGAUGGUAAGAAACCAAUGAACUCCAAUGAUGGAAACGAAGAUGGCGAUCCUACAUCUUUCUCAGAGCCAAAGUCUCCUCAUGAUCCACCCUCGAGGAAUUUGAGGCCUAGAUCUGCACGGGGUUACCGUUUAGUGGAUGAGGAGACAGAGACUCAGAAAUUUAUGUUAAAUCUGGAUCCAGGCAUGAAAGAUGUUAAAAUCUACUACCCAUCAAGGGAUGACCCGGAUGCUGUUGAAGUUGAUUAUGCUCACAUGGAAUGCCUUGCACCUGAAGCGUGCAUUUCAUCCAUUAUUAUGAAUUUUUAUAUCCGAUAUCUUCAGCAGCAAUCAUCUUCCUUUGAUAGUGCAACAUGCCAUUUUCAUAUCUUCAACACAUAUUUUUAUAACAAACUGGAAAAGCUGAGCUACGAGGAAGAUUCGUUUCGCAAGUUCAGAAAGUGGUGGAAAGGUGUUAGCUUAUCUGAGAAAGCAUACAUUCUUCUGCCUGUACAUGAAAGUGCUCAUUGGAGCCUGGUGAUAAUUUGUCUCCCUAGCGCAGAAGAUGAACUAAGCCCGAUUUUGCUUCAUCUGGACUCACUUGGACUACACGACAGCAGGACACUUUGUGAUAAUAUCAAAAGAUUUCUUAAAGAAGAGUGGAGCUAUCUAAGAAAAUCAAAGACUCCUGUAGACCCACCACCCACUACAGAUGAAAUCUGCGAAAAUGAUGACUUUCGAGUGGAUCACAAAAGGGUUACGGUUCCACAACAGAAGAACGACUAUGACUGUGGGCUCUUUGUUCUGCUUUAUAUGGAGCGUUUCAUCAAAGAAGCUCCGGUGAGGUUCAGAAAGAAAGACUUAUCAAUGUUUAGCAAACAAUGGUUUCGGCCUCAAGAAGCAUCCAACUUAAGGGCUAAAGUCUGUGAACUUCUUGUAGAAGAGUUCAAGAAAGCCAAAGAGAAGGAAUCCACCUCAUCUCCGAAGAGUUAGGUGCGGUUCUAGUGCUAAGGUUGGUUUAGUUGUAGAAGCAUUAUGGUAAAAGUGGAGUUUUUAGAUGUAUAUACAUUUGUAUAGGACGGAUUAACCGCGGUGCAAUUGCUAAAUGGGUAGAAAUGUUUUGACCCCUUAAAAGGGAAAAAGAAUAAUCCAUGCUUUUCACCAAAUGUCUUGGUGUAGCUUCUUGUCAAAUGCUUGAUGAGAAAUAAAAAUUUGAUGGGUGUGUAUUGUCACGGAGUAAUUUUGGACAUUUGUCCCGUGACGUUAUAUUAAUCAAUAUUUUCACUUUCUAUA